GACGCAUUUCUACAGACUCUACACGAUUCUUUAGGUGAAAACAAUCACUAUCCCUCUCUACUCUUUCCCGUCCCCUUGAAGUUACUCCUUCCAGUGGCUAACGCUUAGGGUUUUGACCCUACGAUCAAUGCAGCUUCAGCAUCAUCACUCGACAGGUAAUAUAAAGUGGAAAGGACUUGUAUUCCACUACUUUACGGCACAUAAAUGAUCAGAAUCAGAGCAAGUGAGCUCGUGAUUUUGGACUAUUUGCUCUCAAUAUUUGCUUAUUCCCAGCUUGAUUCUUGCUGGGACUUGAGAGAAGAUUGAAGGGCCACUGUUUGGGUGCAAUAGAGGAUGGACCUAGCGUUGCUGAGUGCCGUUCUAGUUGGGGCAGGUUGCCUUGCCCUGGGAUACUACAUUGGGGCACGAUAUCCUGCUCGCAUCUUCAUCUCAGCAAGAUUAAAUAAAGAUAGUGCAGUUGCUGGUAACAGGAAGAAGAAGGAUAAGCCCAAAGAGCCCCUUGAGAUUGAACAACUCGCUGACAUUCUUGAAGAUUUCAAAAUGGUUUUGGUUGUGAGGAAUGAUCUAAAGAUGGGAAAAGGGAAAAUUGCAGCCCAAUGCAGUCAUGCAACUUUGGGUCUCUAUAAAAAGGUUCUUCAUCGGGCACCAAAAACAUUAAAUAGGUGGGAGAUGUGUGCACAACCUAAAGUGGUUGUAAAAAUUGAAAGUGAGGAAGAUAUGCUAGUACUGCAAGAGCGGGCAAAAUCAUUAAAGUUGCCAACCCACAUUACAAUUGAUGCAGGGAGAACACAGAUUGCACCAAAUUCUAGGACGGUGAUGGCCAUUCUUGGACCUGUUGAAGUGGUUGAUGAUGUAACUGGUGGACUCAAACUUCUAUAGUUUGUUUUCUUCGUUCAAGUGCAUGCAUGGACACGCCUCAUGACAGAGCAGUGGAGCAUUUGGACAACGGUUGUAGAUCGAAAGCCUCCGGAAAGUUGCUGCAUUUACAUAUUAUGAAGGUCCAUGCUAUGCGGUGCCUUAACCAGAUGUUCACAUUUAACCUCUCAUAUUUACCAUUUUUGAUGAUUAUGAUGAUGAUAAAUGAAGAUGACAAUAUUUUUGUUGGAUUGUGAUGCCUGUGGCAGUGGAACUGUAAUUACUGAA